CCGCCGCUGUGGCCAUUGUCCGGCCCUGUUGUUGCAGAGCUGCACCGCCGAGAACGAGAAACUGCAGCGGGCGCUAGAGGGACGGACCUGAGGUCGCGGAUUCCGAAGCCCCGGAGCCAGAUUUCGAGUGCCGUGGCCCUGGACCAUAGCCAGCACUCACUGAGGCAGGAAUGGCCCCGAGACCUCCGACGGCCACGCCCCAGGAGUCAGUGACAUUCAAAGAUGUGGCUGUGAACUUCACCCAGGAAGAAUGGCACCACGUGGGCCCAGCCCAGAGGAGCUUAUAUAGGGACGUCAUGCUGGAGAACUAUAGCCACCUGGUUUCGCUCGGGUAUCAAGUCUCCAAGCCAGAGGUGAUCUCAAACUGGAGCAAGGAGAAGAGCCAUGGAUAUCAGAGAGAGAAAUCCAAAGACCUUUCUGUCCAGGUAAAUGAGUUCAGAAUUCUGCUCAUGUCUAUCAGAGUAGACAGACAGGGCCACAGCUAUGGAGAGGCACUUCUAACAGAAGGCAUAGGAGCCGUCCGACCUGAAAAGGAAGUUGGGGCCAUUCCUGGGUGACACUGCCUGUCUCUCUUCUCCAGUCAGGUGUUCCUGCUGUAGCUGAGUCUUAGCGGGAAACGUAGCCGAGUGCCGGAGUUACAGACAUGUACUGCCGCACCCAGCUUCAUACUAUCGUCAGAGAGAAGUUGACCCCACCAUAUCCCUUAAUGCCAGUACCCAGAAGGCAGAGGCAGGUAGCUCUCUGUGGGUUCUAGGCCAACCACGGCUACACAGUGAGACCUGGUUCAAAAGAAAGUAAAGACAGAACACAGAGAGUGGCUGGUACAAGGCAAACCUUGGUCUAAGCCUCAGGACACUGUUCCAAGUACACAGUCCCAAGGACUCUACACUGAUGUCACUAUUUAAAAAGAAGCAUGUCAGAAUUCUGAAAAAGCAAGGCCUUCAGAGACUAUGUUUUCAUUUCAACUCACAGAGAGAGCUCAGUUUGUGAUGAGGCUUCUGACUAACCUAGUACAUUGUAUUUGGUAAAUAUACACUCCCCAGUAAAUCUGUACAGUACACACUGUUUGACAAGAGGUCUGUUUUAGGCCUUUACUAAUGGAAAAAGAGACAAAACUAACCCUUUAUUAAAGUCCCACUGAGAAGAAGUCGAAAAAGAAAAUGUAGCAUUCUCUGCCCUUGGGAGUUUUGUUUCCCCCCCCCACCCCAUCUCUCUCU